AUGAAGCUUUCAGGUGAAAAAUUAUUCCCAAAUCAACCUGCUACAAUCAAAAUAAUUCCUGAAAAACCAGACGAUUUAUGGCUUUUAUUCAAUCUCAUUGCCGAAGAUGAUGUGAUUUCUGCUGUUACAACUCGCAAAAUUCAAUUUUCUUCUGAUUUGACAGCGAAAAAGAAGAGCAGUUCUAAGGUUCAAGUCCAUCUCGAAAUCAAAGUUAUAAAUGUUGAUUAUGCGAAAGACUGUUCAACUAUACGUGUUCGUGGCCGGACGAUUACGUCGAACGAAUAUGUAAGUUCUGGAUCUUUCCAUACUUUGGAGCUGGAAACGAAUAGAGAGUUGAAACUGACAAAGAAUCCUUGGGAUGAAAAAACAAUUAAGAUUUUGAAGGAAGGAUUGAAUCAAAACGGUAAGUAUGACUUGGGGAUAAUUUUAAUAAAUAAUACAUCUGCUGAGAUUUUAUUGAUGGAUAAUAAUACAACAUCUAUUACUCAUUGUGCAAUUAUACGAAACGAAAAAACUUCGAAAAACAACAACUCGAAUUUCGAGAAAUUUUUCGAAAAUUUAUUUGUUUCGUUUAGAAAACAUAUCGAUAUGGAUGUCAUACCUAACAUGGUGAUUGCAAGCAAAGACUCUAUCAAGGAUGAUUUUCGAGCUUACUUGUUGCUUGAGGCUCAAAAACGGAAGAUAAAAUCCAUCGAGAGAAACGAAUCGCGUAUUCUUAUGAUUCAUCAGAACAAUAUAAAAGAUGUUUUGAGCGAUAGAGUGAUCAUGAAUAUGAACGCGAACGUAAAGGUGAUUGAAAAAUUCAUGGAUAUGGUGAUAAAUAAAUGUGAUUGGGUGUGUUAUGGCACUAAAAGUGUUGAAUAUGCACAUGAAUUGCUUGCAAUUGAUACACUUUUGAUCACAGAAGAACUGUCAGAGAAGAAGGAUAUUAAAUUGAGAAAAAAAUACUCAAAGUUGAAGAAAUUAGUGCAAGAAGCUGGUGGAAAAGUAAUACAAUUUAGUGAUGUCGAAGGAGAAAAACUUGCUCAGAUGACUGGAAUUGCUGCAAUUUUGAGGUUUCCUAUUCCUAAUAUUGAUGACUUGGUGUUGUAG